UUGCCACUUUUACAUAUCAUACGUCUAUCUAUUUGUUUUCCUCCGCCCCAUCUUAUAGCCAGUCACCAAAUAUGAAAAGACAAAAUGAAAGUUUCUUUUAGAACCUUAGUAAUUAUAUAUAAUUGAGUGUUACAAAAUUUAACUUCACUGGAACAAACAGGAUACAAAAUACACUUUUAUUCGCACGGAUAGUGAGGAUGGAAAUUCAGAAUUUGUUUUUCGCACUUUUGGUGUUAUUUGUGCCUCUAGCUAAAACAAAUUUUGUCGAAAACCUUUCGGCCACCCCUGAGCAUCAACCGAUAACAUCACCAAAUUGGCCGCUUCGGUAUCCUGCAAAUUCAAACUGUACAUGGAUUAUCAAAGCGGAAGAUCCGAGAUGCGUCGUCUGUAUAAAAUUCGAUUUCUUCUUCUUAGACGGUUACCGUACUUGUUCUCAUGACAGGGUGAAGAUUGACAGCGGAGAGAUUAGUGAAAACAACGGUGCCCUCGGCAUAUUUUGUGGCAAUCCAAAGACAGGGUUUCCAGUUGACUUUAAUCCAUUUAUUGGGGAAAUUUGUGUCAAUGGUUCCGCAGUGAUCAUAACCUUUGAAAGUGACUCUAGUUAUCAUUACAACGGAUUCCGUCUGGAGUACUAUACAAAGGAAUGCGAUUUAGGUAGUGGAAACGCAUGCAAAGGAAAUGGAAACAGUAAAGGUAAAGGAAACGCAAGCAAAGGAAAGGGGAAAAGUAAAGGUAAAGGAAACGCAAGCAAAGGAAAGGGGAAAAGUAAUGGUAAAGGAAACUCAAGCAAAGGAAAGGGAAAGGGUAAAUGAAGGCGAACGUGAAAAGGAGCUUUGAAACGGUUUAAUGCGGAACGACUUGACACGAUCUGUUCAAACAAAGAGUACCAGCUUAUUGUACAAUAACCUGACAUGUCAAUUUAUAUCAUAAAUGUGUAUGUGUGUGUGAGUGUGUCCAACUUUGUUCGUGUGUACGUUUGAAGAAAAUCUCUAAUAAAAUAGUUCAGCAUC